UUCCGCGUCCUGGUAUAAAUUUGGUAACUGUGGUGCAUCCGACCGAAUCUAGGAUAAAAAUACCGGUCACACUGCACUGAUAUCAAACUGGAGCAUUAUCAGGGUGAACCAUUUCAAAUUCAUGGUCAAAAAUUCAAGAUAUUCGUAAGAACCAGGGGGGUGUUUUUUGGAAAAUAUGGUCGCUGUUUGUCAGUGGUAAGUACCAUGAACAAAAUGAAGCACUUUGGUCCCGUGCGUGUCCUCCAGAGGCGGCAUUCAUCAAAACUGCAGCGAACGGAGAAAAGAAGAAUAUUUUAAUAUCUUUAUAGAAAUGUUUUGAUGCGUAGAAGUUUGUAAAAUUUGUUGUGAUCGUAGAAGCCCCUUGUCGCUGGGCGAUGCUAAACAAGACCAAAAGAGAUAAGAGCUCGAAUUCAGACACGGACAAGUCAGCGGAUGGGGCGGCGAAUGAAGGUAAAGACUACGAAGUGGCCAUGACGAACAAACAGUUUGGAAAUGGUGUGUCUCUUUCGAAAAAGGACAGGCAGCAAGGAUCUGCUUUUGACAUUUCAGUUGAUCGCGAGCUUCUACGGUUGCCUACUAUGAAAGACACACGUCCUGAGGACAGGGAGGAAUUAUUUGUGAAGAAACUUCAGCAAUGCUGUGUGAUAUUUGACUUUGUUUCUGACCCAUUGAGUGAUCUCAAAUGGAAGGAGGUGAAACGAACGGCUCUUUAUGAGCUGGUUGAUUACGUCUCUCAGAACCGUGGUGUCAUCACUGAACCUAUUUAUCAGACCGCGUGCCACAUGUUUGCCUUAAAUGUGUUUCGUGUGUUACCUCCGCCGACCAAUCCAAAUGGAGCUGAGUUUGAUCCCGAGGAAGACGAGCCUUCGUUAGAGGCUGCAUGGCCUCAUUUGCAGAUAGUCUAUGAAUUCUUUCUGAGGAUAUUAGAAUCAACAGAUUUUCUACAAAAUUUAGCCAAGAAAUAUGUCGACGCUAAGUUUAUAAUGAAGCUUUUAGACCUCUUUGACACAGAAGAUCCAAGGGAGAGAGACUUUCUCAAGACGAUUCUCCACAGAAUCUAUGGAAAGUUUCUGGGAUUGCGUGCUUUCAUAAGGAAACAAAUUAAUAACAUUUUCUACAGAUUUAUUUAUGAGACAGAACACCACAGUGGAAUUGCAGAACUUCUUGAAAUAUUGGGCAGUAUCAUCAAUGGAUUUGCAUUGCCACUAAAGGAGGAACAUAAAUUAUUUUUACAAAAUGUCCUCAUGCCAUUACACAAGACAAAAUGUCUAAGCAUGUAUCAUGCACAGCUGGCUUACUGUGUGGUACAAUACUUAGAAAAAGAUCCCAGCUUAACCCAACUGGUGGUUUUACGUUUGUUAAAGUUCUGGCCUAAAGUUCACAGUCCUAAAGAGGUGAUGUUCCUUAACGAGUUGGAGGAAAUCCUUGACGUGAUUGAACCAACAGAAUUUAUAAAGAUCAUUGAUCCACUGUUCAAACAACUUGCGAAAUGUGUUUCAAGUCCUCAUUUUCAGGUGGCUGAACGAGCACUGUACUUUUGGAAUAACGAAUAUCUCAUGAGCUUGGUCAGUGACAGUGUCACUAAGAUAUUACCUAUAGUGUUUCCAUCUCUAUAUAUAAACUCCAAGAGUCAUUGGAAUAAAACAAUUCAUGGUCUUAUAUACAACGCACUUAAGCUGUUUAUGGAGAUGAACCAAAAACUUUUUGACGAUUGUACUCAGAACUUUAAACUAGAAAGAGAGAGAGAGCUGGAAAAACAGCGAGAUAGGGAAGAAAAGUGGAGACGAAUUCAUCAGUUGGCAGUUCAAAAUCCCGACGCAUCAAAGGUUGCAGAACUUAUGGAAUACAAUGAUUUUAGAUACCAAACAAGCAGCACAUAUCCUGAAUGCAACAAUAAUGAUCUUACAUUUAGUGUUAAAGAAAGUUCCCAUGCGAAGAAGGGUGACCACAAAAGUCAGAGCAAGGCUCAUAACAAAGCGAUUAUAAAUAAAAAAGGAACUCGUAAGAAAUCCGAACUGCCAAAGGAAAAAGGUGCAAGCUCUAUACAACUUCAGAAAUACCGUUCGUUUGAGCCUGUGGCGCUUCCAGCGGAGAUGUGAGUAGUUGAGACUGCCUGACGAGUUUUGGAGUGAAUAAGAGAGUGAACACAGCACAUUCAAAGCAUCAAAUGUUAGGACGAGAUGUAUUUAUAAAAAUGAGAUGAUGCAUGUUUAAGAUAUCAUGUUUGUUCCCAGGGAUUGUUGGAGAAAGCAAUGGCAUUGUUAGUUUUUUUGCCAUGUUUCUUUAAAGGCAGAUUAACACAUCUUCGAUAACACUACUUUAAAUCUCCCAGAAUGCUAUUGCACACGUGCCAAUGGAAAUAAAAUAGAUUAUUAGAUUAUCGCCACUGUAUGUAAGGAAGCACUUGUAUAGAUAAAUUAGGUCAAUUUAUGCUCACAUUGGAAUAAAAAUGAUUAAUUUAUCAAGCUUA